GUUGCACAGCAGUGGGAUGGUCAUACUGGGAUACUCCAUCCAGUAUUACUCAUAAUGGCGGCAAGUGCGGAAGAAGUCAACGAAGACUACCCGACUGAAAUUCACGACUAUUUGUCGGCCUUCGAGACUUCCAUUGGUGCCGUGGAAGAGAUGCUGAAGACCAUGAUGUCUGUUUCUAGAAAUGAGUUGUUGCAGAAGCUGGACCCCCUCGAACAAGCAAAAGUGGAUUUAGUUUCUGCUUACACAUUAAACUCAAUGUUUUGGGUGUAUUUGGCCACUCAGGGAGUUAACCCCAAAGAACAUCCAGUAAAGCAGGAAUUGGAGCGAAUCCGAGAACACAUGAACAGGGUCAAGGAGAUCACCGACAAGAAGAAGGCCAGCAAGCUGGACAAAGGCGCCGCCAGUAGAUUCGUCAAGAACGCCCUCUGGGAACCCAAACCCAAAAUUGCCUCAAAAGUUGCCAAAAAGGGACAAAAGUAAAACCUAACAUUUUGGGUUUUGAUGUAUGCAUAUUCAAAAAGUACACAGUUUUUAAAAAAUGUUCUCUGCAAAAUGUAUUCCCUGUUGAAUUCGUCUUUGUGAAAUUACACUUUGUGAAAUACUUUCUGUUUGUUCCAGACAGAUGAAGUUGUUUUUAUUGCUUUUCCUCUGGGGAGAGAGCUGUGGCGUUUUGAACAUUGUCUCUGUAGUGUUUUAGCCUCUCGACUAGACGCUGCCUUCCUUCUUGGGGGCUCGUCUUUCAAGUACCAUUUUAUAAACAACUCCGCAAUUUCAGUGAAAUGCUCUUGGUAAACAUUUGGACUUGUUUCGGCGUGCCCCCCAUGAAAUAUGGGGCCGAAGACUGAGUCUGUGACAGGCGUGAGUCCCUCCUCAGUCUGUCCUUACCGCCGCUGUGGACAUCCGUCAGGCACAGUUUUGGAUUUAGUGCACAUUAUUCUAAUGUCGGUCUUGGUCUACAGCAUACCUUAUUAUGAGUAAAAAUCAUUUGGGAAACACUUCUGGAUCUAAUACAGUAUCUUUUUGAAGAUAGCGCAGUAAGAAUGAUAUUGACACAUGUUGCAAACACAUGUUGCAUCUGUGCUUACGAACGAACCAUUGUAUCACGAACUUGUAAUGAAAUAGGCUGGGUGGGAGUUGGCUCCUAACCGGGUUGCGUACAAAUGGUUGUAGUGCGGGAUUGUGUACAGUUGAUCUGUUUUUGCUAUAUUCUAUUAAAAUAAAAUUAUUGAAAUGUC